AUGAAACUCUCACUUCUCCACCUAGAAAGAUCUUAUCUGGACGCCCUAUAAGAAUUGGGAGAGCAUUCUUUUAAAACUUAAGAGAUAUGUGUUAACCUUAUCGAAAUGCUGAAUCAAACAGGGAAAAGCCUUAUAUCCCAAAAGCUUAAUGGUGAAAAGUAUUUGCAAAGAGCUGUUGAAUUAGCCAAAUUAUUAAAUAUGGAAGAAUAAUUAGUUGUUAAAUAUUAGACAUUUAUGCUAUAUGCAGAGUACCUUGAAUUUACUAAGAAUUAUAAUUAGGCAUAUAAUUUGUUGAUGCAUUUAAUUCCUCUAACAAUUACAAAUCAAAAGAAUAUAAUCAUGAUUUAAAUUCAAAUUCUAAAUCAUAUAAUAGAAAAUGGAAGGUUAUGCAAAAGAAAUAAUGUCAUCUAAUUGAAUGAAUAAAUGUUAAAUUUAAUGGAAGAAAUUGGCCUCAGUUUUUAUUUGUACAAAGAAUUUCCAAUCAAGUUUCAACAAAUUUUAUUAUAAGCAUUAUCAUUCUAAGCAAAAAUAUACUUAAAAUAAAAUAAGGAUAAAGAGGCUACUUAAUUAUUCUUUUAGUCUUUUCAUCUUUCAGAGGAACUACUUGGAUUUCAUGAUAAGAGAACACAAGAAUAUAAAAAAUAGUAUGAAAAUUUAAGCGAUAAAAUAUUUGUUAAUUUAGAGAUUUAAAGUUAAGAUGAAGAUGAGGAAGAUAAUUUAUAACCAAUUUAGGUAACAUAGAGAGAAGAUAAAAAAAUAUUAUCAUUUCGGUCUAAAAAUGCUUAUAUAAAUAAUUAUAUAAUAAAUGUAGAUUCAGCUAGAGCACCAAAAUUAGUAAAAAAAAUUGAUAAAUCAAAAAAUGAAAAACCAAUUAUAAAUUAAAAAGCGGCUCCAAAAUUUAAUGAAUAGUAAUUUCAAUAGCUGUUUAUAUUAAAAAAUUAAAUAAAACGACCAUUGAGUUCAUAAGGAACAACAAAAUUGACUAGUCCAACUAGAUGUUAAUCAAUAAUUUCUAAGAAAAAUACAGAGAAAAUAUAAAAUAGAGUUCCAUCUUUAGAAUAAAGUCUAAUAAAGUAAUUAGAAUUUGUAUAACCUUCAAAUAAAUUUAAUGAUCUUAUAAUUAAUAGACCAAAUUAUGAAUAAGUAAAGAAACAUGAAAUAGUAAAUGGUACAAAAUAAAGAAAUACAAAAUAAAUAGCUUCUAAUUAUUUAAUUUAGUUAAUACCUCCAUCUCACUCAUCAAGACCAUAAAUAAGAGAACCAUCAAAAAAUAACAUAGUUUAUAAGGUAGACAGUAAAAAGUUUCCAAGUAAUCCUAAUAAUUAAAAAAUUGAAAGAAGUUCUCAAAAAAAAAUAACAACAAAUGAAAUAUAACAUACAAUUAGUAAUAUUAAACCAGCAGGAAGUGGAAUUAAUUUAACUAGUGAAAAUGAUGAUGAAAAUAUUAAAUAAUAAGAAGAUAAUAAAGAUUAUUCAUUUGAAGAAGAACCUAUUAAAGUAUUGACUACUUCAGAUCCAAUAAUAUCAAAAUUUUUAGAAAAGCAUUCUAUGGAUGUUUUGAUUGAAGCUAUAGAUAGAUUAAAAUCUAAAAUGAAAUAUCAUGUUUAUUAUUCUAGAAAAAAAAGAAAUGAAAUUGAAACUAAAUAAAUUGAAAUAUCACCAGGUAGAUUACAUCCACAUACUAAACAUAUGACUAGAUCAAGUACAUUUGGAUUUGAAAUGAUGGAGAUUGUUGAAAAAAAAAUAUUAGAAAAUGAAGCUAGUAAAAUUAUACAUAAAUUAAUAUCUCCUGCAAAUUAAUUAGAUUGGUAUCCAAUUCAUUUUUAUACUAAACUUUUUACUAAUUAUGAAACUUCAAAAUGGAUAUUGUAGAAUCCAAAAUUUAGAGGUUAAAUAUACUAAAGAACAUAAGAUAAAAAUUAGUAUUAAUAAUUAAGUGUUGAAUUAAUUUAGGCCAUGUUAUCAAAUUAAAAUAAAAAUAUAACACUUUAAGUAAUUGCUUCAAUAGAAUUAUCAAAUAAUAUGAGAAAAUUUUAAGUUAGAUUUACUAUUGAUAAUCUAGCUUAACAUUAUAAAGAAAUUUCAAAUUAUGAUGAUAUGAUAGAUCUUUUUAAUUAAUUAACUAAUAUUUACUUUAUUUAAGAAAAUUUAUUAAAUGAAUGGAAGGAAGAACAUAGAUAAUAUACUUUAUAUGUAGCUAUUAAUAAUUAAAGACAUUCUGAUUCUAAAAUUAAAAAGAUUAAUGAAAUUAACAAAGUAAAUCGAAAUGAAGAUUCUUAAAGAAUUGAAUAUUAUUAGGAUUUAUUAUCUAAAAUAUUAUUUUUAGUAAGGAGAAAAAAUUAUGUUAAGACAAUAAAUGGAUUUAAGUUUAAAUCUGAAAGUUAAGAUAUUUAAGAUUCUAUUCAAAAAUACAAUAAUGAGAUUUAUAAAUAAAAAAUGCAGAGAAUUAAAUCUUAUUUUUAAUAUCGAGAUUUGACAAUGCCAAGCAGAGAAUAAAAAUAACCAAGAGAAUAACCAAAAAGACAACGUAAAAGAAUGAAAGAUAAAUAACUUUUUAUUUCUGAAGAUAGUUAAUAAAACUUGUUUAAUGAUAGUAAUACUUAAUAACAUGAAGAGAAAAGAUCUACAUCUAGAUUAAAAAGCAGAAAAUAAAUUGAUUCUUUAAGAGGCAGUGAAAAAUUUUUAAGAUAGAAUUCCAAUGAAACUUCAAAUUCUAAAUUUAAAUAUUAAAUAUAAAUAAAAUAAAAUACUAGAACUCCUUAUUAACAUGAUACUAAAGUGGAAUUGACUGAAAUUUUUACACUAGAAACUCAAGAUUAUCUUUUAAGAUAUUUUCCUGAAUUUAAAUUAAAUGUACCAUAAAUAGAUUAUUAUCCAACUUCAAGUCCAAAUAUAUAAAAAUAUUUAAUGGAAUCUCAUUAUAACUUUAGAGAAGAAUAUCUUAGUUUAAAAUAGAGCAAAUUGAGUUAUAAACCAAUUCAUUCAGAUAAUUAUUUGAUUUAAACUUAAAUUGUGAAAAUUGAAAAUCAAUUUUACUUUUUAACUCUAACAAAUAAAUUAAAAUUAGAGUAAAUUUUUUGUAAAGAUAAAUGGGAGGAUGAAUUAGAUAUUUAAUUAAAAGAAUUAAUCAAUUAUUCUAUAGGUAGAACUGGAUAUAUUAUUGAUAUAAUUAAAUUACAAGAGGUUAUAUAAUAAAAAUUAGAAAUUGUUAAUUGCAAAAUAUAAUUAAAAUAAGAUGAAGAAGAUGACUCAUAAAUUAAAAAAAACUUAAAAUUAUUUAGAUUAAAUAAAAAACUUUAUUUUGCUUAACAAUCCAUUCAAUUUAUAGAAGAAAGUUUAAAAGAAAUGUCUUAAGAAAGUUAAAGUCAAGUAGAUGAUAGCUUAGAUCUUAUAGAUGAAUAAAAAAGAGAUCCUUUAAUUGAUAUUAUAUUCUUAUUAGGAAUUAUGGGUUGUAAUUCAUAUGUAUUUUAUGAUAUUCAUUUAAAGAGAUGUUAACUACUUAAGCAUGUAGAUGGGAAAUUAAUGUUAACAGAACCAGAUUAACCACGAAAACCAAAAUUUCCUAUCAGAUUGAUUUUAUCUCAUGAAGAUAUGAAUAAACAUAUUGCCAGAACUAAUGAAAGUACAAUUAAUGGCAAAGAUAUUACAUUAUUUCCUAAUUUUAAUUCUCUUUUUUUUGUAAAAUAGAGAUAAUACAAUUAUAAAUUUGUAAAGGUUAAAUUGUAAUUAAUGUCUGAUAUUAGUAAAUUACAUUCAAAUAUUAGAACUUCAUCUGCAUAAGCCCAGUUAUUCAUAUAUAAAAAUAAUGAGAGAAAAAAUAAUAUUUAUUUAAAUUCUGAAUAAACAGAAAAAUGGCUUCAUAUUUCUUAGAUUGAUGGAAGAAUUAGAGACUUUCUCUUUAGUUAUAAAACAAUGAUGAAAAAAACAUUAACUGGAAGAAAGUUGUAAUAAAAUGAAAACAGAUAAUCCUUAUCUAAAGAUAAUAGAUUUUUACUUAUUUAAGAUAAAUUAGUAAACUCAAAAUAAUAUUAUAUUCAAAGUAAAAUUUAAGAUAUUGGAUACGUUUUUGUUAUUGGAACUGUAUUUUAAGAAUUGUUAUUGAUCAAAGUCAUUCCAAAUGGGAAUAAGAGUAAAGUUCAUAUCUUUCUUUAUCAAGUCUUUGAUGAAGAUAUAAUUAAAACAAUGAAUUAAUUGUGUAAAUAAUUUAUUUUAAGAUCGACAUUAACUUAUUCAAAACUUGAAUUAGUUCCUAUAACAUAAAAUAAAAUUCGUAAAGCUUAUUUGUUAGGAAAUUAGUUUUCCAAUAAUAAUAUUUUAAUUGGAUAAAAAUUAUACUCAAGAGUUAUUUAUAAAUACAUUAAAAAAAUUGAUAAAAACUAUUUCAUUAUAACAGUGACAUAAAUAAUGAAUUAUUUUUAAAUAUACUUUUAUAAUUAAGGCAAUAGUAGAAGAUUUUAUUUUUCAAUUCAUAGAUCAGAUUUUUUAAUAAUGAAUAAAUAUUUUUUGGAUUCAAUUUUUCCUGAGUAACCAAAUGAAGUAAUGGAACAAUUUUUUAGAAAUUGGAAAUUCAAUGAAAUUUCAAAGAUUCAUUCUUUAAUAAUAAAAGCCCCAGAAAGUUUUAAAAAUAGAACUGAAAUGUAUCUAUAAUAAAUUAGAGAUACAAAAAAGAACUUUAAAAGAUCUGCUACUUCAAGUUUAUAAAGUAUAAAUAAUUUAAUGAGAUAAUCAACUUUAUAAUUGAAUAAUUAAUAAGAGAAUUCAUUUGAAGAAAGUCUUAAUAAAGAGUGUUGGCUUUAUGAUAAAAUAUUAUUAAGAAAGUAGAAAAGUAUUUUUGAAAAGAAGUUAUGGUUUGAAAUUUUAAAGUAGAUGAAUAUAAAUAAAAAUUAAAUAAGUUUAAAUACUUUUAAGAGUACAUUGAAUGAAUUAGUUUAUUCAAACGAUAGAACAUGUAAUUUCUUAUGUUAUAUUCCAUGUUAAGAAAUAUAAUAAUCAUUUCGAUGGUAGCCAAUAAGAUUAAGGAUUUAUGAAUAUGAUACUUGUAAGAGUGUUGACAUUCCUUUAAGUAUAAGAGGUAAAUAAGUUUAGAUUUAUAAAUAAUGUAAUCAAAUAUUAGAGAAUUAUUAAAAAUAUAAAAUAUUACCAAGUAAUUAAGAAAUAAUGAAAGUAAAUAAAAGUAAUGAUAUUGAAUGGAUUAAAUAUCAAUUAUUAUAUAAAGGUGUAUUUAUGAAACAUAAAAUGAUGUUUACAGCUAUUUAUUUCAAUAAUGAUGUGUUUCACAUAUGUAUUUAUGGAAGUGGAAAUUAAAUAAUUCGAAAGAUGAACAUAAUUUAAGUAGAGUUAAAGAUUCCUUACAUAAGACAAUUGUUGGAGUUGAAUCCUUAUGAAGCAGGUAGAAGAAUAAGUAUAAUCUACAGAAACAAUUUCAUCCAUGCAUCAUUCUUGAAUUUGUGA